AUGAAUAAACGUAAGGAAAGACCUGAGGGAAUUGAGGUGCCCUGCCAUGAGCAACUGGUGGGUAAUAAUUUUGAUAUAUAUGGAUUUGGAGAUAAGAGGCGAAACUUGAAUGAUUAUUACAAUGGCAGACAAUUACUAGGAUUUAUUGGAGAUAUUUGUGAGAAGGAAAAUUCCACCCUUUCUUCAGGAAGAGGAGAAAUUCCUAGGACUGAAACUGAAACUGAAACAGGAGCUGAACCCGGAUUAGUGACUGGAGUUGUUUCCGAAACAGUAGAAAGAGGAGGAUUAGCAGUACUGGAUACAGCAGAAGAACAGCAAAAUUACGGGCAGCUUGUUCAAAAGUAUGAGAAUCUACAAAACAGCCAUGCUACCUUGCAAAAGGUAGUUAAGUCAUUGUUGGAUAAGCUUUCACAGCUGAAUGAGCUGUGCUCACAAAAAGACAGGGAACUUAGUGAGUAUAAAGUCCAACUCAAAAAAUUAGUCGAUGCAAAUGAAACACUGAAUAUGUAUAUUCAAUCAUCUCAUUCUUCUCUAAUGAGUAAUAGCAUGAUCAAUAAAUUUGGUUCAGAUAUUUAUUGA